AUGUUGUCGGUAAACGGGGUCCCAUUUAUCCCCCAAAGUGACCCAGGUUCAAAUGGCAAAAAUUGGGUGGUGUUAUGCGCCGGUUCAGGCGAAUGGCUUAACUAUUUUGUUCAGGCCGACAUAUACCACGCGUACCAAUUGGUCCGAUCGCAAGGUAUUCCCGAUGAAAAUAUAAUUGUUAUGCACAUCGAUGAUGUAGCUCACAAUCCUAGCAACCCUACGCCUGGCAUUGUUGUUAACCAUGAUAAUGGCACCGAUGUUUACCACGCAGUGACCAAACACUAUACUGGAGAUCAUGUCACAGUGAAGAACUUUUUGGGCGUUCUACAAAGCGAUCAAGAAUUAGUCAAGCAGGGUAAAAACGUGGUCAACAGUGGGCCCAACGAGCGCAUAUUUGUCUACAUAACUGAUACUGAUCUUUAUUCUAUACGUUUCGGGGAAAUAGUUAUUACGAACGGAAUCGUCAGUGAAUUCAAGGGGCCUACACUGUAUUUACUGAGCAAUGGUGAGAAAGAGGUCGUAUUAUUCCCAAACAAUACUGUACUCCACGCCGAAGAGCUAAACAAUGUUCUAAAGACUAUGCAUACAAAUAAGAGAUUUUCGCACAUGGUAUUUUAUCUCGGAUCAUGUUUAGCAGGAUCAAUUUUUGCCAAUUAUUUGCCUGCCGAUAUAAAUGUUUACGCCCUAGCUGCGAGCCGACCAGAUGAAUAUGGUGCCCAAUAUAGUUAUGAUUAUUUACAUAGAGCUUUUACCGCAUCAUACUUUGCUACAAUGUGGUUUGAAAAUAGCCAGAUCUAUUACCCUGACAUGGAAUCCCUUAAUGACCAAUACCAAUACAUUGCUGAUCGGCCCAAUUUAACCAUAUCUGGUUGGUGGCCAUCUGGCACAAAUACUACAUUUGUAAUGGACUGGACUCAGCAUGCUCUUCAAUAUGGCAAUAAAUAUAUUGGUCAACAGCUAGGGUGA